AUGAGAGUGGGCUGCGUGAGGGAUGAAGACAUUUUUGAUGGAAAAGGUCUGAAAAUUUGACGACAGAGGUUUGACUUUGGAUGUACGUCACUUGGACGACCGGAAUUUUGUCUCUUUGUUUUGACAGAAAGUUUUCCUUUUUCUCCUCUUCCACAACUAUGGGGGCACUGUGGCGGACCGCAGGCUGCGCGCUUUUGCUGCUGCUGUGCGGGCUGGAUUUCUUGGUGUUCACACACGCCAACCGAAGGCUCGAGGUUUGCCAGCCCAUAUCCAUCCCGCUGUGCGCCGACCUUCCCUACAACGAGACCAUCAUGCCGAACCUCCUGGGCCACAGCACCCAAGCAGACGCAGCUACGGAUAUGCGCCGCUUCGACCCCCUGUUGCAGGCCCGCUGCUCAGCGGAUCUCAAAUUCUUCCUGUGCAGCGUGUACGCUCCUGUGUGCACCGUUUUGGAAGAACCCAUCCCCCCUUGCCGGACUCUGUGUGAGCACGCACACCGAGAAUGCGAAGCCAAUAUAACCGCGAUAGGCCUGGAAUGGCCGGAGAGGAUUCGCUGCGAGAAGUUCCUGGUGGGCGAAUUGUGCGUGGGCACUGUGGGCGCAGUCUAGCAUACGCAGGAGCCUCCAUUUUUUUCAGCUUCUGUCUCUUCUACACGAUCGCCAUCAUUAUGAACUGUUUGAACAUGAACAUAAUGUACUUAAUAAUGAUUCAUCCAUCCAUAUUCUCGACUAGGAUUAUGGUUGAACUGGAGCCUAACCCAUCUUACUUUUGGAAGGAAUCAGGAUACACCCAGGACUGGUCACCAGCUGAUGACAAGACAUAUGG